GGGAAAGAAUGACGAUUGAUGAAUUAAAGGAUAUUUUCCCACUUACAAAACCUUUACCGACGCCUUCAAAUAAUAAGUCAAUUGCUAAAGUCAUCGAUUUACAGUUUGAAGAGGAAUUAUCGAGGAAUCCUACCAACUUGAGAACUUGGUUCAGUUAUAUUGACGUUAUACAAUCAAAGUUGGAUAUUUUAACACCAAUAGAUGACGAUGAUAAUCUUGAUAUAGUUCUAAAGGAGAUACUAGGUCCCUUAGCGACAGAAGAUAGACGUUCUAUCUAUCAAACACUCACCAGUAUCUAUGAGAGAGCAUUGGCUAUGUUUCCAUUGAAUUACCGCCUUUGGUUUAAUUAUCUCCUCAUGCGCUUGUCCUUCUUGACUGGCAAUAUCACCGCUGCUGACAUUAGUCAGUUGAAGAACACGCGAAGACGUUUAGUGAAGGGUCAGCCAAUCGUUGAUUUAGAGAAAGGUGAUGAGAGAAUACCGUGGAAGGAAGUAUCAGAAAGUAAUUAUCUCGAUGGAAUCGUCGGUGAAUCUGAAUGGAAAGCCACUGCAGCCGUAUUUGAAAGAUGUUUAUCCUGGAUGCCAUCAAUGCCCCGUUUGUGGAUAUUAUACUUGUCCUUAUUGAGUAAUCCCGCAUGUCCUUCACGUUUGGCUCACACACACGCGAGAAGAACUUUCGAUAGAGCAUUACGUACUCUCCCACCAUCAUUACAUGUUCGUAUAUGGCCAUCAUACCUCAACUGGGCGAAGUCAAUUGGUGGUAAUUGCCUCACGAUCGUUUGGAGACGUUAUUUGGCCGUAGAUCCAUAUCCAAUUGAGACUUACAUCCAACUUCUGUUAAAUGGUGAACAAGCAUCUAGUAGAGCUCUUGAAGCUUGCAAAUUACUACUCAAGUUGUCAAGAUUGUCUAGAGAAAAUCAUUACGUUUCACCACAAGGCAAGAGCCCGUACAUGUUGUUGAAUGAUUGGUUGGAAGUAUGUUCAGAAUAUGCCGAUGUAAUUGGUGUAGAUGUCGAUCAAGCAACCGCCCUUAAACCACUUCAAGUUGGUGGAAAGCAGAAUGAAAUGGAUAGAACAGAAGGUACAUCCUCCGAUCAACUAGUUAAAUCAACUAUCGAUUCAAGCGCUGAUGCAGACAUUGAUCCUUCAAGUUCUCAAAAAUUGGAUGUUGACUCCCUCGUUCGUCAAGAUGGUUUGUCUAUUUACAAGGACCAAGCCGGAAGAUUAUGGACUGGUCUUGCGACAUAUUGGAUACGUAGGGGAGAAUUCGAUAAAGGUCGUGAAGUAUUUGAAACUGCAAUCGAUUCCGUCGUCACAGUUAGAGAUUUCACUCAAGUGUUCGAUGCUUAUGCAGAAUUCAAUGAACAACUGGUUACAUCCCUUAUGGAUGCUUUAGCAGAUAUAGAAGAUGAGGAGAAGGAUGACUUGGAGAAGGAGCUUGAUGAUAAUAUGCAAUCGUUCGAAGGGUUAAUGGAUAGAAGACCAUUCUUGGUUAACGACGUUAUGCUCCGUCGUAAUCCUAACGAUGUUAACGAAUGGCAAAAACGUGUCGCAUUGUUUGACAACAACGAUGAAAAGAUCGUAGAAACAUACACUCAAGCUAUAUCAACUAUCAAGCCGAAGCAAGCUGUUGGAUUCGGUGAUUUAUAUGCUAAUUUCGCAAAAUACUACGAAUCAAAGGGUGAUUUAGAUAGCUCUCGUCAAAUAUUUGAGAAAGCUUCAGCCGUUCAUUAUAGAAGAAUUGACGAAUUGGCUGAAAUUUGGAUACAAUGGUCUGAAAUGGAGUUGCGACAUGAUAACUUUGAAGAAGCAAUAAGUGUAAUGCAAAGGGCAACAGUCAUUCCUAAGAAUACGAAGGUGGAUUACUAUGAUGAGAGUAUAGCACCUCAGAGGAGGCUCUUCAAGUCAUUGAAGUUAUGGUCAUUCUACGUCGAUAUCGAGGAAAGUAUAGGUACUACAGAGUCAACGAAAAAGGUAUACGAUAAGAUAAUGGAUUUGAAGAUAGCUAAUGCUCAAGUUAUCAUAAACUAUGCCUUAUUCCUUGAAGAGAAUGACUAUUUCGACGAUAGUUUCAAAGUUUACGAGAGGGGUGUUGACGCGUUCACUUAUCCAGUUGCAUUCGAAUUGUGGAAUGUCUACUUGUCGAAAUUCUUGAAACGCUAUGGUGGAUCUAAGAUAGAACUAGCUCGUGAUCUCUUCGAACAGGCUAUCGAAGGAAUGCCUAGCAAGUUUGCCAAACCUAUAUACCUGAUGUAUGGAAAGUUGGAAGAGGAGUAUGGUCUGGCAAAGAGGGCAAUAAGAGUCUACGAACGAGCAACUCAAGCGGUAUCCGACAAGGACAAGUUCGAGAUGUACAAGAUACUAAUCGCGAAGGUAGCCAUGAACUUUGGUAUGGCAGCUACGAGACCAGUGUAUGAAAAGAGUUUGGAGGAGCUGCCAGACAAGGCUGCUAUCGUCAUGGGCUUGCGUUUCGCAAACCUUGAGAGGAAGCUUGGAGAAGUUGACCGUGCGAGAUCAAUCUACGCUCACACAUCACAAUACUGUGAUCCAAGAAUUCACAAAGACUUCUGGGAAGAAUGGAACCAAUUUGAGAUUGACCACGGCAGCGAAGACACAUUCAGAGAAUUCCUUCGUAUUCGUCGAUCAGUCCAGGCAUCAUUCAACACCGAAGCGCAUUAUCUCGCAGCCCAAUCGCUACACACUAACAAGGAUAAGGAAGGCGAAGACGAAGAGGCAGCCAACGCGGACCCUAUGGCCAAUGUCGAGAGGGCGAUCCCUGGGUUCGUCAAGGGACAGACACAAGCCAAGGUUGGGGCAGACGACGGCAAUGAGCAUGAGAAUGCUGAAGAAGCAACCAACAAUCAAGAUGAGAUUGAAAUUGAUGAAGAAGAUAUGUAAAAUUUGUAAUUUUCAAACUAUAAAUUAUCCUAAUUCUCCUGAAACUGCCUUCUCUCUUAACGACGAGGAGUUAACUGAUAGAUUUCCUAUAAAGCUAUCAGAUAUCUCCAGAUAUUCCAUUAAAACAAAUAAUGACGAAAUAAAC